AUGGUCUCCUCCAAACUACAUUACACGUUACUGUUUCUAUCUAGUGCUUUGGCCCAGCAGGUCACCUUCCAAAAGCUCGAAUCUCAUGACCAAACCCACGAAUGGACGCAAUUCAACCAUACCAUUAAACGUGUCGCGGUUAUCGGAGCAGGUCCUGCUGGGCUCCAAGCCGCCGCUGCCUUAUUGGAACAUAACUUUACAGUUCGUCUCUUCGACCGCGCCCCCGGCCCGGGUGGGAACUGGUUCUAUUCUGAAGAGAUCCCUGUUCGAGAGUCCUACCCAGACGAACCCUUGGGAAAGCAAAAGUGGGUUCCUGACCAGCUCCCCGCGACUCAGUACUACCAAGAAGGCGAUGACGGCUUGAGUUUGGGUGAGAGGUGGAGAGAGCAUUGGCUCCCGCGCCCGAUUUGGGAUUCGCUAUCCACAAACUCACCCGCAGUCAUCACUGAGCUUCCCGAUGUGCCUUAUUUGCCUGACCAUCCUUGGGUGAUCCCUGCUCAUACAAUCCAAGCGCACGUUCGCGCCUAUGCCUCCCUUCACAAGCUCAACGUUAACGACAACGAGGCAGUAACAGCUUACUCAACACGUGUCGAAAGACUCACAAAGAAACCUGGCAGUUCAGCGUGGACGCUCACCCUGAGGCAUCUCAAAAAGCUUAAAGAAUCGCAACGGAUUAAAGCUACUUGGUGGACGGAGGAAUUCGACGCUGUCGUUGUUGCUGCAGGACCCUAUGACCAACCUCAUGUACCCGACAUUGAUGGCUUGAUUGAGUGGAGCAAAGUGAGAGCCGUUGAUGAUCCGUCGAGGUUUAGUGUCUAUCAUUCGAGGGUCUAUCGCACACCGCAGCGAUACACUGGAAAGAAUGUUCUGGUCGUUGGCGUUGGCACCUCUGGCUCGGAAAUAGCUCGUGACAUCAUACCAUAUGCUAAUAAGGUCUACGCUAGCUCAAAGAAAUACGUCUGGGACAGCCUACACCCCUUCCAGCGCCGUUCCUUCCGCCGAUUCCCUCCAGAGACUGAAUUCAUUCCCGAGAUAGCUUCAUUCAGUGCACUGCCUUCGUUCGAUAACGGCAUAAACUCUGGAAAAAUCACUCUUGUGAAUGGAAGUGUCUUGAAAGAUAUUGAUGAGAUUAUCCUUGCAACAGGGUACAAGAGGUCUAACGCGUUCCUUUCGGGCGAUUCUCAACGAGUAGCCCCGUCUGGCCCUCCGUCCGAUGUAUUCAACGGUAAUCCUCUGCGGAAUGUUCACUGGACUGGGCAUUACAUCCCCGACCCGACGCUUGCGUUCACUAAUGUACGCCCGUGGACUAUCGGUCAAUACCAGUCUUACGCGCUAGCUAAAGUGUGGGAAGGAACCGCACGGAUUCCCAAUGAGGCUGAGCUUUGGAGGCAAUACAACAGUACAAGAUACACACAUUUCCGCGGGCUGUUUGGAACUGGGCCCUCGGAAGCUAUUGCUCGCCAAUAUGUGGCGUGGCUCAACAACGAGUCCCUUGAACACGGCGGUAGACUCGUCUCCCCUUGGCCCGUGCAGAACUGGGAGGUCUUUUCUUACUAUGCUAACCAGGAAUGGGAAAAAGAUUAUAUCACGAGGGAGAAUUUCACUCAGUUUGAGAAGUUACCUGCGGAUGAGUGGACCAAAGCUGAUGUGUGGGACGCUUCCGUUUUGGAGGACGAGUUCUGGUAG